AUGCGCUGGACUCUGGUGCUGCUGCUGGGGUGGGCGGUGGGGGGGUGGAGUCAGCUGUGUGCAGGGGGGCGGGGCUACAGCAAGGGCCGCAGGCGGCAGAAAGACGUCCAGAUCACCGAGCUGCUCAACGCCACACUGGCCAGCACUGAGGAGCGCAAGAUGACGGACCUCCAUGCAUUAGAUCCUCAAGGCUCCUGGAGGGACUUCGUAAACCGUCCCGAUGACUCGCUCCAGCGCCGGUGCCGGAACAAGAAGAGAACUCUGGCAGGUCCCCCCGGCCCCCCCGGCCCCACAGGACCUCGCGGCCCCCCAGGACUGCCAGGAGCAGCUGUCACUCAGAGCGUCCUCCUGCAGGAGUUCAAACAAAUGAUCAGAGAGGCAACGCAGCGGAGGGAGCUGGCAGUGGAAGGAGGAACAAGCCCCACCCCCUCGGUAGGACUGGUUGCCCUGGGAGACGCAAUGUAUCUGCGGCGGAUUGAGGAGGCCUUCCACUGCAAACUAAGACAGCCAAUCACAGUGGAGAAGAGAGGCACGGAGGAGAUGCACAGCUUUCACAUACCAAUGGCGAAAGGCGGCUUUGUGAGGGGGGCGGGGCUUGACCUCUCCUCUGGACGCUUCACUGCACCACUGACCGGCAUCUACCAGCUCUCCACCAACCUGCACAUCAGCAGAGAUCAAAGUGAAACACCCAGAAGCAGAGGUCAGCUGAGACCACAGGAGCAUGUGCUAGUUCACAUCUGCCUUGAGUCCCUGUGCAACAGACACAUAUCUCUGGAGACUGUGGCCAGCCUGGAGGGCAGAGGACUCCUCUUCACCGUGUGUGUGCACGGCCUACUGGAGCUACAGGUGGGGCAGUACGUGUCUGUGUUCGUGGUCAACGAGUCGGCAUCUUCCAUUACAGUACAGGCGGGAUCGGACUUCACCGGCCUUCUACUGGGAUUAUAGUCCUGCCUUCUACUGGGAUUAUAGUCCGGCCUUCUACUGGGAUUAUAGUCCUGCCUUCUACUGGGAUUAUAGUCCUGCCUUCUACUGGGAUUAUACUGUAGUUCCUUCUACUGGGAUUAUAGUCCUGUUUUCUACUGGGAUUAUAGUCCCUUCUACUGGGAUUAUAGUCUGGCCUUCUACUGGGAUUAUAAUCCUGCCUUCUACUGGGAUUAUAGUCACUUCUACUGGGAUUAUAGUCUGGCCUUCUACUGGGAUUAUAAUCCUGCCUUCUACUGGGAUUAUAGUCCCUUCUACUGGGAUUAUAGUCUGGCUCCAGGACACGUUUCAGCUUCACAACUUCAGCCAAGCUGUAGCCUAUUAUUGGAUGUAGGACAUGCUGCUGCUGCGUCUGUACUUCGGGGGCAAGUUGUACCAUGGAUGACAUAUAUCCACAUGAUAUGAGAUUAGUAUGAAUUUGUCCAUGAUCAGGAUGAGGUUGUCCAUGUUACAAAGUCUGAAUGAGAUAGAUAUGAGAUCAGUUUGAGACCAUCCAUAUGAAAAGAGAUCUGAAUGAGUUUUUCCAUAUGAUAUGAGGUCAGUUUGAGAUCAUCCAUAUGAUAUGAGACCAGUAUGAUAUGCUAUGAGAUCAGUUUGAGACCAUCCAUAUGAUAUGUAAUCUGAAUGAUAUGAACUAUGUUGCAUUCUGUUGCUGAACAUAUAUAAUUCCUAUAACUUCAAAUACCCACAGCCUCAUACUCUCAACAACACACACACACACACACACACACACACACACACACACACACACAAUGACUCAAUGUGAAAUGUAAAGCAAUGGUCUUUAUCAAUGUUAAUAAAACACACAAACACACCACCAACAGUGCAUCAGCUGUAUAUAACACACACACACACACACGCACGCAAGCACGCACGCGCACACACACACACACACACACACACACACACACACACACGCACACACACACACACACACACACACACAAGAAGAGGCCUGCUAACGGGGCUUCUGGUGAAAUGUUUUCUGUAUUUUUAUACCACAAUGUUCCAAUUUAUAUUCAAAUUGUGUUCAGUAAUUUAAAUAAAAUACCAGAAAUGUAUCAAAUUGUGUUCAGUAAUUUAAAUAAAAUACCAGAAAUGUAUCAAAUGUCUAUAUCAAUUCAAAUGACACCACUGAGAACUCUCCAUUGAGAUGUUUGAAAGAAUCCGUUAAAGUUUAAAGUGCUCUAAUACAUUCUGCAGUUAUAUACAGUAUCUCUAAUAUAUUCUGCAGUGUGUGUUGUUAUAUAUCUCUAAUACAUUCUGCAGUUAUAUACAGUAUCUCUAAUAUAUUCUGCAGUGUGUGUUGUUAUAUAUCUCUAAUACAUUCUGCAGUGUGUGUUAUUAUAUAUCUCUAAUACAUUCUGCAGUGUGUGUUGUUAUAUAUCUCUAAUACAUUCUGCAGUGUGUGUUGUUAUAUAUCUCUAAUACAUUCUGCAGUGUGUGUUGUUAUAUAUCUCUAAUACAUUCUGCAGUGUGUGUUGUUAUAAGUCACUAAUAUAUUCUGCAGUGUGUGUUGUUAUAUAUCUCUAAUAUAUUCUGCAGUGUGUGUUGUUAUAUAUCUGGGAACACUUGUCUGCAAUAAAAUAAAAUAUGUCCUGUGCCAAA